CCCUGUCAUCAUGCCUUCACGAGUCCUCCUCCUUAACUGAGAAAGAACACGAAGGCAGGGCGAGGCGCCGAGUGACCUCACUGCCGCCAUGGGAAGAGCCCCCUGCUGCGACAAGGCUAACGUGAAGAAAGGCUUGUGGUCGACCGAAGAAGAUGCUAAACUCAAGUCCUACAUCGAGCAGCAUGGCAUCGGCGGCAGCUGGAUCUCUCUCCCGAAAAAGAUUGGCCUCAGGCGGUGCGGCAAGAGCUGCCGUCUCCGGUGGUUGAACUACCUCCGGCCGAACCUAAAGCACGGCGAGUACUCCGAGGAAGAAGAUGAGAUCAUCUGCAGAUUAUAUUUGACCAUCGGUAGCAGGUGGUCAUUGAUCUCCACGCAGUUGCCGGGGAGAACCGACAACGACAUCAAGAACUACUGGAACACGAGGUUGAAGAAGAAGCUCCUGGGCAAGCAGCAGAAGCAUCACCGACAGGCACGCAGAGCCACGGCGCCGCAGCAAGAAGUCAAGAUCCGAGAGAAUGGAAUCCUGGUGCAACUACCUCCAUCGGAAGCCCAUCGAUCAGCUUCGCCUGGCAUGGCUGAUUCGCAUGGUGAAACUUCAGGAAGCUCCAGUGGAUUCCCAUCUGAGCUCGACGAGAUCCUGCGCUUCGACUCGGCAGCACCACAAGGGUUGGAUUACCUCUACGAGGCCAGGGGCAUGGCCGAGGAGAGCAGCGGGACGAGCACGCCGGAGGAGGAGAGCACGAACUGGGACGAGAUGAUCCCCUUCAUGUACCCAGAUUGGGUGCACGGCGGGCAAGAGAUCUUUACCAUGCAGUGAUGAUUGACGUACGCGGCUUGUGCAUAUACGAUGAUCGAUAGAGGUGCCUUUUCCGGAGAAUAUACUAUUAGGAGAUAAAAAGGACUGUCAUGUACCAUUAAAUGCGACUAAUGCAAUAAAAGGAGGAUCAAACAACGUCAGCCGCCACUAUUAAUGAGCAUAUUCCAAUCCCUUUUACG